AUGUUCAAGAAGAUCAUCAAGGGAAACAAGAAGCCCUCCAAGUCCGAUUCUCAUGAUCCUUCGUCGUACGGGUACGGCCCGCCGGGGACCCGUAAUUCCGGGGCAGUUGCGAAUGUGGUCGUAAACCACGCGUCCCGGGCCGGGCCGGCUGCUUCAGGUCCCAAUUCGGGUGGGGCUCCGGGGAUAACGGCGUUACCGCCUUCGGGCACCAUCGAGCCUCUCCCGUUCUUCCGUGACGCUCCCGUCUCCGAACGUCAGACCCUGUUUCUUCGCAAAUUGCAGGUUUGUUGCUUUCAAUUUGAUUUCUCUGAUACCCUUAAGACCCCUAGAGAAAAGGAAAUUAAGCGUCAAACCCUUUUGGAAUUGGUUGAUUUCAUACAAUCUGGGUCGGGUAAGAUCACCGAGACAUGUCAAGAGGAGAUGAUCAAAAUGGUUUCUGUUAAUAUAUUUCGUUGCUUGCCCCCUGCGUCUCAUGAAAACACGGGCCAAGAGAAUGCCGAUCCUGAAGAGGAGGAGCUUUAUUUGGAGCCAUCAUGGCCUCAUUUGCAGUUGGUUUAUGAGCUCCUUCUUAGGUACAUUGUGUCAUCUGAUACUGAUACCAAGGUUGCCAAGCGUUAUAUUGAUCACUCGUUUGUGUUGAAGCUACUCGAUUUGUUUGACUCUGAGGACCCGCGUGAGCGUGAGUACUUGAAAAACAUUCUUCACCGAAUAUAUGGGAAGUUCAUGGUGCACCGACCCUUCAUCAGGAAAGCUAUCAAUAACAUAUUCUAUCGGUUUAUUUAUGAGACUGAGAGGCACAGCGGCAUUGCUGAGCUUUUAGAGAUUCUUGGGAGCAUAAUUAAUGGGUUUGCACUACCAAUGAAAGAGGAGCAUAAGUUAUUUCUUGUUCGGGCACUUAUACCGCUGCAUAAGCCGAAGUCAGUUGCAGUUUAUCAUCAGCAGCUGUCCUACUGCAUAACCCAAUUUGUUGAAAAGGAUUACAAAUUGGCAGAUACGGUUAUUAGGGGUCUGUUGAAAUACUGGCCGCUGACCAAUUGCCAGAAGGAAGUUCUUUUCCUUGGAGAACUUGAAGAAGUUCUGGAGGCUACACAAGCUGCCGAAUUUCAGCGUUGCAUGGUUCCUCUUUUCAGACAGAUUGCUCGCUGCCUCAAUAGCUCUCAUUUCCAGGUUGCGGAACGAGCACUCUUUCUGUGGAAUAAUGAGCACAUUGUGGGUUUAAUUGCUCAGAACCGGAAUGUCACUCUACCAAUUAUUUUUGAGGCAUUGGAGAGGAAUAUCCAAAGUCACUGGAACCAAGCAGUUCACGGGCUGACCGUCAAUGUUCGAAAAAUGUUUUUGGAAAUGGAUGCUGACUUGUUUGAAGAGUGCCAGAGGCAGCUUGCGGAGAGAGAGGCGAGGUCCAGAGAGGUGGAAGAACAACGGGAGUUGACAUGGAAAAAACUGGCAGAUGCGGCAGCACAGAGAGGGGAAGAUGAUAUGGUUACAGCCUAA